AUCGCAGACACCCGUUGUAAUAAUCAGUCUAUACACGAAAUUCGUUACGGAAUGUGUGCUAAUAUAUUUUAAAGAUUAUGUAAACACAUAGAUAAUGCUAUAAAUAGUUUUUUGAAACAGGAGAUCAGGUCAUCCGACUGCUUCCGGGAUAGGCAUACAGUCUAGUUGAUACCAGUAACGGAUCCCGGGCAAUCUUAAGGUCAUCCUGAUAUACCAACAUGACAACCAGAGCAUGUAACCAGGAAAUGAAUUCCCGCCAUUUAAAGCUGCUGAAUGAAUUGGCCAACUACUUUGAUCCAAAAGUUGAUCAACAUGAAUACGACCAGUUCAUGAAUUCCUUUCGUGCUUUUUUAUCACCAUUAGCGAUGAAAAAAUCACAUAAUUUGUUGGAAGCAUUCAAGAAUUUAGAAAAAAAGGGCACACUUGCUGUUGGAAAAUAUGAUGAAUUGAGGAGCAUUGUUAGAAAUUUUAAUGUUGCACUAGUACCAAUAAUUGAUGAUGCAGAGCAAGACAUUGUCAAAUUACAAACCGAAGCUGACGCCAGACCACCCAGCAGUCGAACAGAUGUAACUAGUGGAAUACAUGUCCAGCCUCACUCAACAGUAAAUACAGAUACACCGACAGCUCCUAAACGUAAACGUGAACAAGAUUAUAUUUACAAUGAUGGCAAUAAGAAAGGUCUGCUGGUGAUAAUCAAUAUCACACAAAACAGGGCAGGUACAGAGUAUGAUGAAGCAGGUUUAAAGAAAUUUUUUGAAGAUGAUCUGCAAUGGGAAGUGGAGACACGCAAGGAUUUAACGUAUGACAGACUAGACAAGUACCUUGAUGGUUUAAAAGAACGUCUCACUGAUCGUGAUACUGCCAACAAGUAUUACUGUCUUGUGGUUACUGUCAUGAGUCAUGGAAACAAGGAGGGAAUAUAUACAUAUGAUUCCAGUAAAGAAGUGAAAGAAAAGCAGGUGUAUGAAUUUGACAGGAUUUUCAAAUGUUUCAAAAAUGACGAGAUAAAAGCAUUUACAGGGAAACCCAAAGUGUUUCUGAUACAGUCAUGUAGAGGAAGCUCUAUCCAAGGGGAGGUAACCAGUGAUGACAAUAACACAAUGGAAAUUCCAGAGAUACCAGACUCCAUUGCUCAACCUGCUGUCCGAAUCACCGUUCCUGUAGAUGCUGAUAUGCUCAUCAUGUGGGCAACAACACCAGGUUACAAGGCAUUCAGAGGUGUGUUUGAAGGUUCACACUUUCUUCAAGAAGUGGUGAAGCAAUUCAAACAGAAUUACGAAAUGGACCAUCUCGAAAUGAUGCUGAUGAAAGUUAGGCAUACAUUUGCAAACACAGAAGAAUAUCGAAAGAAUUUAGGUCCAAGUAAAAGUGCAGAUGGCAAAAUGAUGAACAUUGUUAGUACACAGAUGCCCUGUUCAUGGUCAACUCUGACAAAAAUGUUAUACCUGAAAUAACAACAAUGAGCAUGGAUGGGUCACAAGGCAGCAAUACUUUAUAAUUAAAAUCAACUUGGAAUAUUUUAUCAAAUGACAUUUUCCAUUCCUACCUUAAGGUUAAGAUAAUUCUUCAUCAGCAAAAUUUAUAUUGUAUCCCUACGCCAACUGGGAAUGUUUUGUCACACAACAUUUUUCAGCCCGAAGUUAAAAUCAUUCUUCAUCAUCAAAGACAGAAACAUUGUCUCAAUAUAGAUCACUGGUAAAAACUGGUCAAGUCAAAUUUUAGUUUUUGUGUAUUAGAAUUUCUUAAUCAUAAAUAUUCAUUUAUUCUAUUUUUAUAGUAUAUAUGAUUUCUGAAUCAUAAAUCUUUUUGUUUACCCUAUUUUCAGUGUAAAUGAAAUUUCUUAAUCAAA